GACCUGAACAAUUUUGCACGAUAUAAAGCAUGUAUUACCCCGCAAUCAUUAAUCCACACAGCCCAUCAGCCAUUAAUCCACACAACCAUGGGAUCUGAAGCCACCCAACUUCAUCUUCUUUUCUUCCCUUUCAUGGCGCCAGGCCACAUCCUCCCCAUGGCCGACAUAGCCAAGCUCUUCGCAGCCCGCGGCGCUCGAAUCACCAUUCUCACCACCCUUGUUAACGCAGCCUUGAUCCGCCCCACCAUCGACGACUCCAUCCAUCUCCACAUCAUCCCCUUCCCCUACGCCGAAUUCGGCCUCCCCAAGGGCUGCGAGAGCCGCUCCUCCAUGCUGUCCGAUGAACAACGCUCCAACUUCUUCCGAGCCAUCGCCUCACUCCGCCACUCUUUUGACUCCCUGCUCCAAGCUCUGCACCCUGAUUGCGUCCUCACAGACAUAUUCUUUCCAUGGACAUACCAUGUCGCCGCCGCCAGAGGUAUUCCGCGGCUCGUCUUCCACGGCACCAGCAAUUUUGCGCUUUGCGCCACCCAUGUUUUAGACCCGCGCCUAUUAGCCGAUAAAGGCGACUCCUUUGUCCUCCCGGGCCUCCCUCACCGAAUAGAGAUGUUGAAAACUGAAUUCAUGGAGUCACAAAAAUUAGAAGGAACGCCGUUGGUUUUUUUCUUGGAGACACUAAAAGAGGCGGUGGAGGUGGAAACGAAAAACUAUGGCGCAGUGAUGAACAGCUUCCAUCAGCUGGAGCCUGAAUAUGUGGACCAAUAUCGCAAGUUCGUGGGGAGGACGUGGAAUAUCGGCCCUAUUUCUCUCUGCAACAAGGAGGUGGCGGAAAAGUCAUCAAGGGGUGGGGAGCAUCCGGAGUUAGCAGACCAGUGCUUGAAAUGGCUUGAAAACAGAGCAGCAGGCUCGGUCGUGUAUAUGUGCUUUGGAAGCGAGAGUCUUUUCUCUGGGGAGCAGCUAAGAGAAAUGGCGGCAGGGUUGGAAGCGGCGGGGCAUCCGUUUGUUUGGGUGGUGCGAAACGAGGGUGAUGGUUGUGUUCCGGAAGGGUAUGAGGCGAGGGUUGAAGGGCAGGGGAUGGUGAUAAGAGGAUGGGCGCCGCAGCUGUUGAUAUUGAAUCAUGGCUCGGUUGGGGGAUUUGUGACUCAUUGCGGGUGGAAUUCGAGUUUGGAGGGGAUUUGUGCAGGGUUGCCGAUGGCGACAUGGCCGUUGUGUGCGGAGCAGUUCUACAAUGAGAAGCUUUUGGUGGAGGUGUUGAAGGUCGGGGUGGAGGUGGGGUCAAAGGUGUGGACUUGUGAUGCGGAGGCGAGGAUGGUGGUGAAGGCUGAUGCGAUUGAGGCGGCGGUGAGGGGGUUGAUGGGGGGAGGGGAGGAGGCUGAGGAGAGGAGGAGGAGGGCGAAGGAGCUUGGGGAGAUGGCAAAGACAGCUGUGGAGAAGAACGGGUCGUCCUUUGAGGAGAUUGGGAAAUUGUUGGGCGAGUUGAUUGAGCUAAAGAAGCUCAAGUAGAAAUGACUGUGUUUUAUUGUUUCUAAAUCGUUAUAAUGGUUUAAAUGAGAGCUUUUUAAAUUUGAAAGAUU